AUCUGUCUCUCCUGUGUCAAUUGUCAACCCAUGCAUAAAGAAAUAAAUACUCUUCGUCAAGUCAAGUCGCUGUCCCCUUCAUUACCUUCCCUUUUAAAAGUAUCGCCGGAGAGGAGGGGGAAACUGAAGAACAGGUUUUUAGAAAGAAAAUCUCUCUCUCUCGCCGGGAUCUGACGCUUUUGCCGGAGAUGUUAAGAUCGGUUUCCAGACCGCGUCUCUUGAGAGAUUUCAAGGGCAACGCUGCAAAUUUCUUCCUGAACCGGUUUGGAUAUGCCUCCUCCACCUCACGUGGUGGCCGGUUGGAAGGCAAGGUCGCCUUGAUAACCGGCGGUGCGAGUGGGUUAGGCAGGGCCGCCGCCUACGAGUUCAUCCAAGAAGGAGCUAAAGUCAUCAUAGCUGACAUAAAUACCCAAGUUGGCCCACAAACGGCGUUAGACCUUGGUCCACAGGCCAACUUCGUAUACUGCGACGUCACUAGCGAGGCCCAAGUAGCAGAAGCGGUGGACUUCGCCGUGGCUCAUCACGGCCAGCUUGAUAUCAUGUACAACAACGCCGGAAUUCCGGGACCGUCGAUUCCCCCGAGCAUUGCCGAUCUCAACCUUGAUGAAUUCGACCGUGUCAUGCAAAUUAACGUCCGCGGCACGAUCGCGGGAAUAAAGCACGCAGCCCGAAUCAUGGUACCCGCGAAAUCCGGCUCCAUCCUUUGCACGGCGAGCAUCAGUGGGCUAAUGGGUGGGCUUGGCCCCCAUCCAUAUACAGUGUCCAAGUUUGCAAUACCCGGGAUCGUGAAAUCUGCUGCCAGCGAGCUUUGCCGUCAUGGUGUCCGCAUCAAUUGCAUUUCGCCAUUUGUCGUUCCAACCCCGCUCGUGAUGGACCAGAUGGCCGUGUUCUACCCAGGCGCCGGACGGGAAUGGAUAACGGAGAUGGUGAAUGGGUUAGGGGAGCUCAAUGGGGCCAAGUGCGAGGAAGUAGAUGUUGCUCGGGCCGCGGUGUUCUUGGCAUCAAAUGACGCCAAAUAUGUUACGGGUCAUAAUCUGGUUGUUGAUGGUGGGUUCACUUGCUUUAAGCAACUUAGGUUCCCAAUACCUGAUCAAAUAUAGUUCAAUAUUGGCAUGUUUGGGAGCACAAUUGCAUUUAGGAAUUUGCAUGUUUGUUUGUGAUGUGUCCCCAGUGUUUCGAACUGUGCUCCACAAACCUCAUGACUGUCAUGAACCGACCUAAUUAAGAAUUUAAGUUGUGACCUGAACCAUAAAAACCCCUUCUUUUUAUUAUCGACUGCCGAAUCCGGUCUCUUUGACAGUGUGUUUGCCAAUAAGGAUCUAAUGGUAAUUGGGCAACGGGCCUCGAAAUUCUGAUUAA